AUGAUCAAUCUACCUUUAAGUGGAAUUCUGUCACCACCUGCCCAAAAUGUUCCCUUACUCAGGCGGCUUCACUGUACCAUAAUUUGGCUGUCUCUUCUACUCCCCCGACUUGCCCAGAUCCGGAGUCCACAAGUGCUUUCCAGUUGGCUCGCCGUCUUUAAGAAUCCGCCCAUCGAGGGCAGUCGCUCUGGUGGCACACUAAUUUUCCGCUCACUUCCGCUCUCCAUUUUUGGCGAGCGGAGUUGCAAUUUGCUUAUAAAUGCCUGCUUCAGCUCAUCCAUCAUGCUCCGAAUUAUUGGCAUCCGAACCGUUAAUUUUAGCCGCUCUUGA